AAGGUUUUAACUUUCCCACGAUUUUAAAUUAUGAAACAGAUGCUUCCUCUGUCUCUCUCCAAACAAACCCCAACCCUUCAAUGUAAUUACAAAACAUAUUUACUUCACUUUUCAUUCUUUAUUGUCAUAAAUGAACGACUUUUGGCGGUCGCUUUCUUUCUUUCAAGGCGGAGCGAAAACCACGGUAAAACCAACGACGACUUUUAUUAUGACGAAGAAACCCGUGCCGGGGCAGGCCCGUCACGUCAUCUGGUUGAGCUGGAAGCUCGUUAUCUUACUUUGCAUCGUGUUUUCUUUCGUCGCUUUGUUUCGGCUCCACUUUCAAUACGAAAUCCCGUCGUCGAGUGCGCCGCCGUUUCGUCACGUUAUGAGAUCUCGGGGUCCUCAGGAUUAUUUCAAGGGGCCGGCUAAGAUCGCGUUUUUGUUCCUUGUUCGCCGUGACCUGCCUCUUGACUUUCUUUGGGAGAGCUUCUUUGAGAAUGCCGCCGUGGCGAAUUUUUCGAUUUAUAUACACUCUGCGCCGGGGUUUGUGUUCGAUGAGUCCACUACAAGGUCAAAGUUCUUCUACGGACGCCAAUUGAGUAAUAGUAUUCAGGUGGCAUGGGGAGAAUCGAGUAUGAUUGCAGCAGAGAGGUUGUUACUUGAAGCUGCUUUAGGGGAUCCCGCAAAUCAAAGAUUCGUCCUUGUCUCUGACAGUUGUGUACCCUUGUACAACUUUAGCUAUAUAUACAACUAUUUAAUGGCUUCUCCUAGAAGUUUCGUGGACAGCUUUCUUGAUGGGAAGGAAGGCCGCUACCACCCAAAAAUGUCACCUGUCAUACCAAAAGACAGAUGGCGAAAAGGAUCCCAGUGGAUCUCUUUAAUACGAAGCCAUGCAGAAGUUAUUGUAGAUGAUGAGAUCAUUUUCCCAGUCUUUAAGAAACUUUGCAAGCGACGCCCACCUGUAGAUGCUAGCAAGGGAAAGCUUAAUCUGAAACUUCAAAAGCAGCACAAUUGCAUUCCAGAUGAACAUUAUGUGCCGACACUGCUUGCGAUGUGUGGGCUUGAAGGUGAACUUGAACGUAGAACAUUGACCUAUACCCAGUGGAAUCAGUCUGCUACGAAGAUGGAGAAUAAAGGUUGGCAUCCUACGACAUUCAGCUAUGCUAAUGCUGGGCCUAAACAGAUUAGGGAAAUAAAGCGUAUCAACCAUGUAUACUAUGAGACUGAAUUCCGGACAGAGUGGUGUCGUACUAACAACACGAUGGUUCCCUGCUUUUUGUUUGCAAGGAAGUUUUCUCGUGGAGCUGCCAUGCGCAUUCUCAGUGAGGGGGUGGUUGGCCCCUUUGAUGCCUCUUCAUUAUUAGACGCAUCUUCAUCAUAAGUUUUGAUCGGUAAUCUUCUCAUACAGUUCUUGUAACUGUCAACUGACCCACUUCAAAACAUAAAAUGGAUAGCCAGCCGGUAGCCCACUGUAGUUUUACUGAUACACCACACAAGCCCACUGUAGUUUUACUGAUACACCACACAAUCAUAUACGCAGAGAAGAUUUUGAUACCAUGACAAUCAAAACAGAGAAAGCAACUAAUAUUUAGAGAACAUAAAUGGGGUGAACAGUGAAUAUUGAAGUGUAUCCGAAAAGCCAUCAUUUCUAGCCUGCCCAGAAAUUUUGCAAAGAAUUAAUCUAAUCGUGCCUUUUUUUGUAGCACUCUGAUUCAACGAAUUCUUGACCAGGUGGGAAAGAAACAGCAAAUCUGUCACAUAUUAUGUAAUGUUUAUUGUUGCAGCACAAAACUUAGAUACAGUUACAGUACUAUUAGGACUCCUUCUUCUAAUUGUUUUGAACAUCCUUAUCUACACUAAAUAACCGAAAUAAUAUACAAAAUAUUUUUCUUCCUUGCAUGAGAUCUAUUUGUUCUGAUCGUACAAAUACUUAUGUACAAUUCUUUUAAUAUAUACAUUUGGUCUUAA